AUGGGGUCGUAUCCAUGGGGUCGGACUGCAUACGAAGUUCUCAUUGACUAUAUUAAAACGUUGGCUCCAGAAGGAGGGUCAUACACAAUAAGCGGCAUGACCGUCGCGUUAUUGAUUUGGGCAUAUGAAUCCGUCGCCUGCUUUGGUGAGAGUUUUGGGAGGGUGGUGAAUAAUGAAGACGUUCCGCUUUUGCGAUGGGGUGGAAAGCGUACACGUGCAAGUUUUGAUAACUUGUUGGCUGCCGAAAUCAAAGAGCAUGGCGAGGUGCGGGGGAAGAGGAAUGAGAAGAAGAAGAAAAUGAAGGGUGGAGUUUCGUCAGAAGCUGAGCCACCCACUAGGAAUCAGAAGAAAGUUAAGACACAGAAUGAGUCUGAAGCUGCUGCUGCGGGAAAUGGCUCUAGCGAGAAGGAAGGUAGCAAAGAUUUGGAGUUGGAGAACAAAGCGACUCUGACGACCAUUGUGAAUACUCUGGAUAAUAUUUCCAAGAAAUUUGAAAAGUUUGACUCACGGUUGGAAGCUUACGAGUUAGACCAGAACAGACCAUUGAUGGACCAAAAGACCAUUGAUGACAGGGUGAAAGCUUUACUGGAGGAGCGUCUGAAAGUUCUGGGAGUUGGAAAAAUUCCCGAAAACAAUGAUAACCCCUCUCCACCAUCAGCAGAUAAAUCUUUAUCGUUGGCAUCACCGGUGGUUCAAACGCAGCAGAAGUCUGUCAAUAGUCCAGCGUUAGCUGCGACUCCUGGUAAGGUUUUUGGACCCAAGAAGAAUUUGGCCAAGGAGCUUGAUAAGGAAUCAGGGGUGAAAAGGACUUUGGAUGAGGAGUUUGGUAGUGUCGCUAAAGCUACUGAUCUUGAGAGUCAACCUCUUGAUUUCGUAUUAAUUUCUCCUGCAAAGGCUACUAAGGAUGAUAAGGAUGCUAGGGUUCCAGCCUAUGGACGCGGCUGCAGGGGCAUGCGUAUUGUUAAGGGUGAGGAAGCCGAUGAGAAGAAAAAAGCAGCGCAUGCAGAUGCUGCGUUUAAGAGGAAGGAGAAGGCUGAGGCUAAGAAAAAAGUGGCUGAGGCUAAGAAAAAAGUGGCUGAGUUAAUGAAGAAACAAGAGGCUGAGGGUAAGAAAAAAGAGGUUGAGUUAAAGAAGAAACAUGAGGCUGAGCUAAAGAAGCGAAAACAGGCUGAGUCAAAGAACAAAGAGGUGACUCCAUCUGGAGAGGACAGUGUAUUUGCUGAUGUGACUGACGAAGUUGUUGGGGGAGAGAACGAAUUUGCGCUGGAGUCUGAUGUCGAGGAUCAGGAAGUGAUUAGAUCUGCCGUAGUAAGGGAAUAUCGGGAGAAACGUGUUCAAUUAUCUCCAAAAGGGUUUGCAUUGACGGCAGUUUCUUCACCACUAGUUUUUCCGUACGUUGGAGACGAUGGAACAACGUGCAUGAGGAAGAAUGUUACUCCUUCAUCAGUAAUAUAUGACCCUCUAGCACCUGUUGAUCCGGUGCUAUUGGAAAAACUGAUGCAACACAUUAAGAGAAUUCCACCCAAACCACCAGCACCAGCAGAUAAACCAGAAGUCCUCUCAGCUGAUCAUGAGAGUGACUUCUACAACAUACUCAUCCAUGAAAGACCGUGGCCGGAAAAGAAAUAUGGAUGGGUGUUUGAUAAUCAUGUCGCUGCGUAUAUGAUCGUCCUCAUUAAAAGGUCUAUGCGAAAUCCAACCCCAUUCUGGUCCAAGCGGAUCGCCUUCAUUGACGUUUGGUGGCAAAGUUUUUUGAUUCACGAUUUCACUCAGUUCAAGAUAAAACCUAGUAUGGUCAUGUUCAAAGGCAAUGGUUAUGAAGAUAUGUUAAAGGGUAAACUUCUCGAACACUUUCCAACAAACUUGAAGUGGUAUGAAAAUGUGGAUCACUUGUACGGAUGUCUUCAAACCGGCAGAAAUCACUGGGUUGCGUAUCAUGUGGAUCUGAAGAAGGAGAAGAUUGAUUGCUACGAUCCAAUCUUUGGAGAGGCAACACCCGAAAGUGAGCAGAGAAUUCUAAAUUCAUUUAAACCGCUGACGCACAUGAUUCUGUAUAUGUUGAAUGAUCAUAUUCCCGCCAAUGUCAGAAGAAGUUCUCAUUCAGUAGGAGGAGCAAAAGAUACACUCCACAAAACACCCAAAUUGGCGAUUGUGGGGUGUCUAGCGCUUGGCGUAACAUUUGAUGGGAUAAACGAUAACAAUAUUCAAGGUUUACGGAUGAAGAUGGCAGCAGAGAUCCUCGAUGAAGGAGGAAAUACUGUGAUGAGCAAUUUGCUGGCUAAUUGA